UUCCGAGUAUUAGUUGGACACGGGACGCGUAAGCCCAAUUUGAAAAGGAAACGACGCCCACGAAGGAAAUAGCAUCAGAACCGUCCGUGAGAUUCAAAUCAACGGCUAGAAUCAAACCGAACAUUCUGGACACACUCCCCCCCAAUAAUCGUAAAUACGAACAUUCUAGACAAGCGCUCUCUCUCUCUACUAUAUAGCACGCACCACACAAGUCUCGCUCCAACAUCUGUGACUUGAAACCCUAUCAAAGCUUUUCAAUUCCUCUGUGAUUCGUUCUCUUUUCUCUGCGAUUCUUUUCUUGUUUGUUUGAUUUAAGUCUCCGAGCUUUUGGUCCGUACAACAAUGGCCGGAAAAGGAGAAGGACCGGCGAUCGGGAUCGAUCUCGGCACCACCUACUCUUGCGUCGGAGUUUGGCAGCACGACCGCGUCGAGAUCAUCGCCAACGAUCAGGGCAACAGGACGACGCCGUCUUACGUUGCGUUUACCGAUAGCGAGCGUUUGAUCGGCGAUGCGGCCAAGAACCAGGUCGCUAUGAACCCUGUCAACACCGUCUUCGAUGCAAAGAGGUUGAUUGGUAGGAGAUUCUCUGACCCUUCUGUUCAGAGUGACAUGAAGCUCUGGCCUUUCAAGGUCAUUCCAGGCCCUGGUGAUAAGCCCAUGAUUGUUGUCACAUAUAAGGGUGAAGAGAGGCAGUUUGCUGCAGAAGAAAUCUCGUCCAUGGUUCUCAUCAAGAUGCGUGAGAUUGCUGAGGCCUAUCUAGGCUUAUCUGUGAAGAAUGCCGUUGUUACUGUCCCAGCUUACUUCAAUGAUUCUCAGCGUCAGGCUACCAAGGAUGCUGGGGUCAUUGCUGGGCUUAAUGUGAUGCGUAUUAUCAAUGAGCCCACCGCUGCUGCUAUUGCGUAUGGUCUUGACAAGAAGGCAACCAGUGUUGGCGAGAAGAAUGUCCUGAUUUUUGAUCUUGGAGGAGGUACUUUUGAUGUCUCUCUUCUCACUAUUGAAGAGGGUAUCUUUGAAGUCAAGGCUACUGCUGGAGACACCCACUUGGGAGGAGAGGAUUUUGACAACAGAAUGGUGAACCACUUUGUCCAAGAAUUUAAGAGGAAGCACAAGAAGGACAUCACCGGAAACCCAAGAGCUCUGAGGAGGUUGAGAACAGCGUGUGAGAGGGCAAAGAGGACUCUCUCAUCCACUGCUCAGACUACCAUUGAGAUUGAUUCUUUGUAUGAGGGUGUCGACUUCUACACAACAAUUACCCGUGCAAGAUUCGAAGAGCUCAACAUGGACCUCUUUAGGAAGUGUAUGGAGCCAGUUGAGAAGUGUUUGAGGGAUGCGAAGAUGGACAAGAGCAGCGUCCAUGAUGUCGUGCUUGUGGGUGGUUCUACUAGGAUUCCAAAGGUGCAGCAGUUGUUGCAAGACUUCUUCAACGGAAAGGAGCUUUGCAAGAGUAUCAACCCAGAUGAGGCCGUUGCUUAUGGUGCCGCUGUACAGGCUGCUAUCUUGAGUGGUGAAGGCAAUGAGAAGGUGCAGGAUCUAUUGCUUCUUGAUGUCACUCCUCUGUCCCUUGGUUUGGAGACUGCUGGAGGUGUGAUGACUGUGUUGAUCCCAAGGAACACUACCAUUCCAACCAAGAAGGAGCAAGUGUUCUCUACCUACUCAGACAACCAACCCGGUGUCUUGAUCCAAGUCUUUGAGGGUGAAAGGACCAGAACCCGUGACAACAACUUGUUGGGAAAAUUCGAGCUCUCUGGAAUUCCUCCAGCCCCAAGGGGUGUGCCUCAGAUCACAGUCUGCUUUGAUAUUGAUGCCAAUGGUAUCUUGAAUGUCUCUGCUGAGGACAAGACCACAGGCCAGAAGAACAAGAUUACCAUUACCAAUGACAAGGGAAGACUGUCCAAAGAAGAAAUCGAGAAGAUGGUUCAAGAGGCUGAAAAGUACAAGUCGGAAGAUGAGGAGCACAAGAAGAAGGUGGAGGCGAAGAACGCUCUGGAGAAUUAUGCCUACAAUAUGAGGAACACUAUUAAGGAUGACAAGAUUGCUUCCAAGCUCGACGCUGCUGACAAGAAGAAGAUUGAGGAUGCAAUUGAGCAGGCCAUUCAAUGGCUUGAUGGCAACCAGCUUGCUGAGGCGGAUGAGUUUGAGGACAAGAUGAAGGAGCUUGAGAGCAUCUGCAACCCGAUCAUUGCCAAGAUGUACCAGGGUGCCGGUGGUCCUGAUGUUGGUGGUGGCAUGGAUGAAGAUGUUCCUCCUGCUGGUGGCAGCGGUGCUGGUCCCAAGAUCGAGGAAGUUGAUUAAGCUGUUUUUGUGGCUGUGUUUUGAACAAAAUGGUGGAGGUUGUCAGCUGGUUUAAGUUCUUAUUUUUUUAAAAGUAUUUCAGUAUGCUAGUUAAGAAGGUUUGAAUUCAGUAAACGUCUGUUUAAAUAUCCAAGAUCCGUGUACGGUGAUCUUGGUCAUUUUGUUGAUAAUGCUGUGUUUAAAUUUUUACCAAUGAAGCCUAUUUUCCUUCUAAUUAG